CAUAAAUAAUGGAUUGUCAGCCAACCACAAUACGAUUGAUGGAAAAAGGACCCAAUUGCAAAAAUCAAAUAAGUUGGCAGACUCGAUGUAUAAAAGCAAAGUGGGCUAGCCAACAAGACCUGAACCUACGUUGUCGAGGACAGCAUCCAUGAACGAUGUCUACAAGCUCCACUCCCUCGUCAUCAAGACCGGCCUCCAGGACGACUCCGCCACCCUCCGCCGCCUCCUGCUAUCAUGCGCCGCCUCGGCCCCGGAGAGCUUGCCCCACGCCCGCUCCCUCUUCGCCGGCAUCUCCUCUCCCGACACCGUCGCUUACAACACCAUCAUCAGAUGUCACGCCCGGUCUUCCCCUCCCCACUCCCUCUCCUUCUUCGCCCAGAUGCUCUGCCGCGGCGUGUCGCCCGAUAACUUCACCUUCCCUUUCGUCCUCAAGGCCUGCUCUCGCCUCCGGGAGAUGGGCCACGGCCUUCACGCCCUGAUCGCGAAGCUCGGGCUCGGCUCCGACGUCUAUGUCCAGAACGCGCUGAUCAGCGCGUACGGGUGUGCUGGUGCGGUGGAGUCGGCGCGGAAGGUGUUUGACGAAAUGCCUGAGCGAGACUUGGUGUCUUGGUCGUCCUUGAUUGGGUGUUACGCGAAUAAUGGAUUUGGGUACGAUGCCUUGGCUUGUUUUCGGGAAAUGCAGCUGGUAGAGAGUUUUGAACCGGAUAAGGUAACUAUGCUCAGUGUGAUCUCGGCAGUUUCCAGCUUAGGGGCUUUGGAAUUGGGGAGGUGGGUCGAGUGUUAUGUUCGGAGAAGUGGCUUGAGUUGGAAGAUUUCUGUUGGGACUGCUUUGAUAGACAUGUACUCCAGGUGCGGGUCGGUCGAUGAAUCGAUGAGGGUGUUCCACAAAAUGCCCGAGAGAAAUGUGUUGACUUGGACAGUGGCGAUCAAUGGGCUUGCGGUGCAUGGCCGCGGUGAUGAGGCCCUCAAAUUGUUCCAUGACAUGAAGGAAUCAGGAAUGCAGCCGGAUUCUAUAACGUUCUCCGCAGUUUUAGUGGCUUGCAGCCAUGCAGGACUUGUUGAAGAAGGCCAAGGAAUAUUUGAAAGCAUUAAGAAAGAUUAUGGCAUGGAACCGACGCUUGAGCAUUAUGGGUGUAUGGUUGACAUUUUUGGCCGAGCUGGGAUGGUUGACCAAGCAUAUGAAUUUGUUGAAAAGAUGCCAAUCAGGCCAAACUCAGUUGUCUGGAGAACUCUGCUUGGAGCCUGUGUGAAUCAUAACCAUCUUGGUUUAGCUGAAAAGGCGAGAGGAAGACUUCAUGAGCUGGAUCCUCAUCACGAUGGCGAUUAUGUCCUUCUGUCCAAUGCCUAUGGGGGAGUUGGUAAAUGGAACCGCAAAGCUCAGAUGAGGAUUUUAAUGAAAGAUAGGAGAAUUAGCAAAAGACCAGGUUAUAGUUUGAUCAAUGCAGACCAAGAGAUCCAUGAGUUUGUUUCAGGGGAAAAUUCUCAUCCAGAGUGGGAAAAUAUUAGGGACUUGUUAACUUCAAUAAUGGACAGAUUGAAGCUUCGAGGUUAUAUGCCACAAACGUCGAACGUGCUCCAUGAUAUUGAAGAGGAGGAGAAGGAGAGCAAUCUGAGUUAUCACAGCGAGAAGUUGGCAGUUGCUUUCGCCUUUCUGCAUUUUGAAAACGGGAGGACGAUUCGGGUCAUGAAGAACAUCCGAAUUUGUCACGAUUGCCAUUCUUUUAUGAAGCACGUGUCGGAUGUAUUCCAGAGAGAGAUUGUUGUUCGAGAUCAAAACCGUUUCCACCAUUUUAGUAAAGGGCGGUGCUCGUGCAGGGACUUCUGGUGAUGGAUGUAACUCACUGGCUGCAAGAUUGCGCUUAGACAGAGCAGAUGAGGCCAUGAAAGCAACAAACAUUGAUAGAGGUCAGUGGUCUAGGAUGUUCCUAACGAUGGGCAAUUAGCACUAUCUCGAGUAUUCUAUUAAGAGCCUUUCCGGUGAUCGAACACACAAGAGAGCUCGAAUGAGAUGCUCAGCUCGACAAUUGACAUGGUAUAAAGGUGAAAAUGAGAGUCAAGCAGUAAACGUGCGAUGGAGAAGAACACAAGUUCAACGGUGCUUGUUUCGCGAAGGACUUUAUUUUCAAGGAAACCAUUGUACAAGAAAGUCAUUUCCCUCUAAAGUGAUUGACUCUCUUGUUUGGUAGUGACAAGAAACGUAAUUGGGACAGAGAAAUUUGUAUUCUGCAUUUCUCAUCACUGCAAUCUACAAGUAUGUGGCUGUAUUUGUAGUCCAAUAAUUGAAUUAGAAAGA